UCUUAACAACAACUUUCUUCUCUUUUUCAACUUCCACUCAACUUCGACAACUUGACCCUCAUCAACUUUCGCGCUCUUUCCAUCAACCACCAUCUCUUAGGUGUUGAUACUUACGUCAACCUUUUUUCCCUUGCCUUUAGGCAUUCUUCUCUUCCGCUUUUAAUUCAUUCCUACCUUUUGUCAACUCCGACAAAACCUUUCCUUCAAACCCUACAUCCCCAGUACUAAUCAAUCAAAAAUCAACCAUGUCUACUGAAGAGGAUCUCAUCGACUACUCCGAUGAGGAGUUGGCCACCAAUGAGGCCACCACUACCACCAACGGCAAGAAGUCCGACGCAGCUGCCGCCGCUGGCAGUGUCGACAAGAAGGGUUCCUAUGUCGGCAUCCACGCUACGGGUUUCCGUGAUUUCCUGCUGAAGCCUGAGCUUCUACGCGCCAUCGCCGAUUGCGGUUUCGAGCAUCCUUCGGAGGUCCAACAAACUUGUAUCCCACAGGCGCUGCUCGGAGGUGAUAUUCUCUGCCAAGCGAAAUCUGGUCUCGGCAAGACAGCUGUGUUCGUUCUUACUACCCUUCAGCAAGUUGAGCCUGUUGCUGGCGAAUGCUCGGUCCUGGUUAUGUGCCAUACUCGCGAGUUGGCUUUCCAGAUUCGCAACGAGUACAACCGUUUCAGCAAGUACAUGCCUGAUAUCAAGACUGGCGUCUUCUACGGCGGUACUCCCAUCGUGAAGGAUGCGGAGACGCUGAAGAAUAAGGAAACCCAUCCUCACAUUAUCGUCGGUACCCCCGGCCGUCUCAACGCUCUUGUCCGAGACAAGUACCUUCGCCUCACAAGCGUGCGAAUCUUCGUACUCGAUGAGUGUGAUAAGAUGCUCGACGCAAUCGACAUGCGACGGGAUGUGCAAGAUAUUUUCCGAGCUACCCCUCAACAGAAACAGGUCAUGAUGUUCUCCGCCACCCUUUCGGACGAGGUAAAGCCGAUUUGCAAGAAGUUCAUGCAAAACCCAACUGAGCACUACGUCGAUGAGGAUACGAAGUUGACUCUUCACGGGCUGCAACAAUAUUUUCUCAAGCUCGAGGAGCGCGAGAAGAAUCGCAAGCUCAAUGAACUUCUUGACGAUCUUCAAUUCAACCAAGUCAUCAUCUUUGUCAAGAGUACUCAACGUGCGACCGAGUUGGACAAAUUGCUCCGCGAAUGCAACUUCCCAUCGAUUGCGGUUCACUCAGGCGUCAGCCAAGAAGAGCGUAUCAAACGCUACAAGGAAUUCAAGGAAUUCAACAAGCGUAUCUGCGUUGCCACCGACGUGUUCGGUCGUGGUAUCGAUAUCGAACGUAUCAACCUGGCGAUUAACUAUGAUAUGCCCGCUGAUGCCGAUUCAUAUUUGCACCGAGUCGGUCGUGCUGGUCGAUUCGGUACCAAGGGUCUUGCGAUUUCAUUCGUGAGCACCGAUGCCGACCAGGAAGUGCUGGAGUCGAUUGAGAAGCGAUUCGAUAAGCCCCUUUUCGAAUUCCCCAAGGAAGGCAUUGAUGCCAGCACCUACAUGGCAUCUUAAGUCUUUCGAAUAUGGCAUAAUUGAGCACUGGUCUUCGCACCCAAAGGGACCAUGUUGAGACGUUAAGAGAUAUGGUUGCACGCCCGUCAGUUUACGAAGGGAGGGUUUAGUUUCCACAAAACAAGGGAUUCAUUUGGAACCAUGGCUUUCUGUACAUUAUAUUCUUUCGGCUUGGAACGGUUGAAUGGCACACCUUGAGAGAAGGCCGGAAGGACAUCAGGUUGCUUAUCAGGUUUCGGCUCACUGUGGCUCGUGCUCGCCUUCUCCCUGCAAGAGGCUUAAGUCACAGUCAUAGCCCGUCAUCCUGAGUUUCCUUUGCCAUGAAUAGACUGGUAUGAAAAAGUUUCUUCCAUGAUAAUGAUUAAUUCUGUGCCUUCUGAAUAUGAACG